AUGUUGUGCAAUCGUACAGACGGGAUGCCUCGUGGAGACUUUAACAUCUAUUUUGCCGGCGGCCGGAGAGGAAAUCUCAGAGCUGAGGAGGCAGUGGGCAUAGCUCUUCUGGUGAUCAUCCUGGCAGCCCUCCUCAUCCUGAGCUGUUGGUACUUUAAGAAGAGGAGUGGCUACAAAAUAAUCAGGAGCCCCCGAUCGAGUUCACCGGGUUACACAGGAGGGCAGUUUUCAGAGGCAGGACCUUCAGCAGAUAACAAGAUGGCGCUUACCGACUUUGGCAGCUUCAGACCUGUGGUCCCUAACGCUCCUCCGGCUUAUGAAAAGAUUUCUUCAGGACCACUCCCGCCUCCCUAUUCUCCCUGA